AUGGAUCCUUUCUCUUCGAUUCAAGAUUAUCCAGAAUUUACAAAUAUGAAUCAAAAUAUGAUUGAUUUUGUUGUACCGAAGGGUAUAGAAUAUUACUUGAAUAUUAGAAAUUUAACACCUUUACGAAAAUUCCCCGUUUGUAUAGCAGCUUCUGUUUAUCGAAUGUCUGCUGGGAACAGUAUGUCAGUUAAUCAAGAUCAAAGAAGUGAAUCUCCCUGGGAGACAAUUCGACAUCGUCAAAAAAUGACGGAAGACCUAAAUAAUAAUCAUAUAAUGAGUAGUAGUAGUACUAGUAGUAAUAGCAGUAGUAGUAGUAGCAGCAGCAGCAGCAAUGAAAGUAUAAAUGGUAGCACUUGUUCGGCUUUAAAUUCCUCUUGUUCUUCACGUGCCAUUUCUCCUGACCCUAAGCUUUCAUCCUCAUCGUAUCAUCGUCACUCUAAAAAACGAUCUUAUCAUUUACUUUUACGAGAAAUUAAACGUUUACGUGGUGAAAAUAAUGCUUUACGUUGCAAUGUGGCUUUACUGAAGAAUGAUCUUCGUGAUAUUACUUUAUCUCGACAGGAUUCUGACGCCUCUCAUAAAAAAUUUUAUGAUGAAUAUGUGGAUAAAAAUACUCAACUUGAAAUUGACCUUAUGGAUCGUGACGAUGAAAUUCGGUUACUCAAAGAACAAAUAGAGGAACUCAAACUCGCUCUCUUUGAUUCUCAAGAAGAAAAGAGUAAAAAGUCAUCCUUUUCUAAUUCAACUAGAGAAUUGAAAAAUUCUGUUUCAAAUAGUAUUUUCAGUUGUUAUGAAGAAGAAAGGGAUCAUGAUGAUGAUCAUCUUUUAACAUGCCAACCUCUGGCUCAUGAAUCUACUUUACCCGAUUUUAAUAUAAAAUUGAAUGAAGAUGACGCUUGUAAAGAUUAUUUACGAAGACGAUUUUUAGAAGGCAAUGAUGAAAGAGAAGAGAAUGAAGAUGAAGAAGAAGAUGAAGAAGAAGAGGAUGAAGAUGAACAACUUACAUUUGAACAUGUUGCAACCUCUUAUAUCCAUCAAGCCAUUCUUUCAAAAUUAUCAAGUGCACGCGUUCGUCUGGAAUUAGAUGACCUCAUUCUGAAGUAUGAACCUAGUGCAGAGAAUGUGGUACACGUUUUAGCGGACUCCUUUGUGAAAUGGAUCUGUAGUCUACUCACAAAAUGGAUCGAUAAAUCUUCUUCUUCCUCUCAUCCUACAACAGCGACUAAAGUCUUUACAUCCAAGAUCCAGUCUGGUAUUAUAGAAUUCUGGCAAUCUAUUCUUCAAUACUAUACAACCGAAGAUGAGAAUCAGCAUCAUCUACUGAAUUAUAUAGAAACGGCCCUUGAACUUGUUUCAUCGCCGGGAACGGCUAUCGUGGAUCACUUUGAUCGUUUAAUUGUGAUGUUGUACAAGUAUCAUGUGGUAGAUGAUGAUGCUGUCCUUGAAUGGUGGGAACAUCCUUUUAAUACGGAUAUCUCGAGAAAGAUUCGAAAAAUAACAUCUCGAUUUAUUGAAUGGGUUCAAGCAGACGAUGAAAGUGAUGUAAACAGUGAUGACAGCUAUGAAAGUAAUGAAGAAGAGAGUGAUAAUGACAAUGACAAUGAUAUUAAUUUUGGUUACGAUGAUGAUGAUGAUGAUGAUGAAAUCGAGUUUAGUUUUGCUGAAUCCCCUUUCUCGGAAGAAACCCAACAAAUUGAAGAUGAUGGAUCUGAUGUUGAUUUACAUUUAAAUAGCUUUCCCGAGAGUUCUAUAGAUGAAUUAAUAAACGCCAAUGAGCGUGAAAUAUGUGCAUGCCAAUUAGACAAAGACACGAUACCUUCCUCCUCCUCCUCCUCCUCUAAAAAGCAAGAACCAUUCGAAUGCUCAUGCAAUAUAUAUAAUAGUAAUAGUACCUCUCACACAACAGAAAAGAAAAAGAAAUCUGUUCGUAUCGCUUUGUAA